UGACCCUGUUGGAUGAUGCAGUUGAAGUGCUCUUCGUACAUCAGCAGAGGGAGCUCCUGCACAUAGCAGCAGCCUGAUGAUGAUGAUGAGGAGGAGGAGCAUCAGGAGGAGGUGCAGAGGUUUUUAAACUUUCAUGUGAGUCAGGAACCAGCUGCUGCAGCCGGAUGCUUGUGGAGCUUUAUGUGGAGCAGCAGAUCGAUCACGCUGAUUAUUGAUUGGAGCUCAGCUGAUGUUACAUAAACAGCUGUUGGAGGGAAGCAGCUGCAGCAGGUAGGAGCUUCGUGGACUUUCAACACUUUACAGAAGCUUUUCCCACCAGGAUCGGAGCAGCUUCUUACAAGCAGGUUAAGAAGAAGACAACAGGGAGGAUUUCCCUUCCUCCUCCUGUUCCAAGACUCAUCCCAGUGAUGCCGGGGACUCUCCCCAGAUUUCCCAGCAUGCCGCGGGGGGUGACCAUGCCGGCCCUGGUCAGUUCUCUGCCCCGAAGCAUCAACCCCCCCAGCCUUCCCCGAGGAAUCACCAUGCCCAGUCUGCCCACUCUCCCCAGCUUUCCCAGCAUCCCCCGGGGCCUGACCAUCCCCAGCUUGCCCAGGGUCAUCGUCAUGCCGACCGUACCUGAAGCUCCUCGACGGCUGCUGCAGGACUGCUGCUCCGUGUUCGACCACCAAACCUCAGGAGGUCUGUGCGGGUGCUGCUGGGCGCUACGCCCUCGCUACAAACGGCUGGUCGACAACAUCUUCCCAGAAAACCCAGAAGACGGGCUGGUCAAGGCCAACAUGGAGAAGCUGACGUUCUUCGCUCUGUCAGCUCCAGAGAAACUGGACAGGAUCGCUGCUUACCUGUCAGAGCGUCUGACCAGAGAGCUGAAUCGCCAUCGAUACGGGUAUGUCUGCAUCGCCAUGGAGGCGAUGGAGCAGCUGCUGCUGGCGUGUCACUGUCAGAGCAUCAACCUGCUGGUGGAGAGCUUCCUCAGCACCCUGAGGCAGCUGCUGGAGGCUGAUAGGCCACACCUCCACAUCCUGGCCACCAGCUCGUUUGUGAAGUUUGCGAACAUCGAGGAGGACACGCCGUCGUACCAUCGCAGCUACGACUUCUUCGUGUCUCGUUUCAGUCAGAUGUGUCACUCUGACCACGAAGACCCCGAAACACAAAUCAGGAUCCGGGUGUCGGGGAUCCGGGGCCUUCAGGGCGUCGUCAGGAAGACGGUGGACGACGAGCUGCAGGUCAACAUCUGGGAGCCUCGUCACAUGGAGCAGAUUGUCCCGGCUCUGCUGGUCAACCUGCAGCAGUCGGACAGCAGCAGCGGGUCUCCGGCGGAGCAGACGGAGGUGUGUUUCAGGGAGCUGCUAGGCCGAGCUGCUUAUGGUCACAUCAACAACGCCAUCAAACCCGUACUCAUGCACCUGGACAGCCACGGGCUGUGGGAGGGUCGAGGCUUCGCUGUUCGAUGUUUUCAGAUCAUCAUGUUCUCCAUCCAGUCUCAGCACUCCCACCUGGUCAUCCAGCAGCUGCUGGGCCACCUGGAUGCCAACAGCAGGAGUUCUGCGUCGGUCCGAGCCGGGAUCGUGGAGGUUCUGUCUGAAGCUGCUGUUAUCGAGGCGACCGGGUCUGUAGGACCCACCGUGUUGGAGGUGUUCAACACGCUGCUGCGUCAGCUCCGGCAGAGCGUCGACUACCAGCUGACCGGUUACUAUGACAACGCUGGGAAAUACAAAACCACCUCGAGUCAGGAGAAGACGCUGCAGGAUGCUGUCAUCAAAACAAUUGGGUCCUUCGCCAACACACUUCCUGUCUACCAGAGGUCGGAGGUUAUGCUGUUCAUCAUGGGGAAGAUUCCUGUUCCUGGUAUCUACCCUGCCCUGGGGUCUCCCAACGCCGGGUUUGAAGGUAGCAGGAUGAUCCAAGUGAUGCUGCUGAAGUCCCUCCUCCAGGUGUCAGAGCGCUAUGAGAGCAGCAACCUGUUGUCAGCGCUACCCUCCUCCUUCCUAGAGCCUCUGCUGUCCUUCACUCUAAUGGAGGAUCCAGAGAUCCGUCUACUGGUUCUCUCCAUCCUCACCUCACUCAUCGACCGCCGUCACAAUGCAAAGAAGCUCCUCCCACUCAGUGGGACGUUUGAUGUGUCAGAGUUGGACCUGAAGGAGGACCGAUGUUCCCGACAGGACAAUCUAUUCAUGAGAAAGCAUGCUCAGCGGCUCUACAGACAUGUAUAUCUGGCCUGUAAGGAGGACAGUGAGCGCAGACACUACCAGGCGCUCUUGGUGCUGCUGGCCGUUCUCAGCGUGGAACUGGUGAACGAGGAGGUUCUGGUGGACCUGAUUCAGCUGGUCCUGGCUCUGCAGGAGCUGGCUCUGUCCAAUCAGAUGAGCCUGUCAGUGUUCAGUCGCUGCAGCCUUCAUGCUGUCUGUGCUGCUUCACUCAACUUGCUCUCUCAGCUCGGCCCGCCUCCACUGCUCCAUCAGUAUGUUGCUCAGGUGAUUGAAAGUCGUCAUAAGGAGGCGCUGUACCUACUGCCUGAACACAUAUUGUGUGAUGAACCCAGACUCCCAGAGGAUGAGCUGAAGGUGGAGGAAGCCCUUAUGUUCAACCAAUCAGAGAUGUGCAAGGCUCUGGCAGGAAGCAGCUACAGCACACACAGUGACCGCCUCAACAUUCCAUACACACCUCAGUUAUCAGAUGAGGACCGUCUGUCCAGGAGGAAGAGCAUCGUGGACACGGUGUCUCUGCAGAUGGACUCGGACUUCCAGUUCAGUUCUGAUCCGCCCCAGAAACCCCAGACUGAGCAGAUCACCUUUGAGACUCUGAAGAACACCAUCGAGGACAGAGGACCCGUCGAGGAGGAGGAAAGGAGGAGGAGGAUGCAGGUGAUGGAACGGUUCCAGACGGCCCCGUUUGAGGAGAUCGCAGCUCAUUGUGGAUCCAGGAUCUCGUUGCUCUACUCCAAACUGGACCAGGUCUUUGAUCUGAUAAUCCGUCCUCCUCCGUCUCCCUCUGGACCGUCCCCUCGUCGCUCCACGCCGCUCUAUGAGAUGACGUUCCCGGACCUGUGUGUGUACUAGAGAUGCAGUGAAGAUGGAGGGCUUCAUAUUCAGUAUUCAUUUGACUCCCUGAACAUAGAACAAAGUUUUUCCUGAUUACAUUUAA